AUGUUAAACAAGAACAUUCUGCUGUUGUCUCUUCAGAUAAGUUUCCUAGGAACCACUCUUGGUGGGAAUGUUCUGAUUUGGCCAAUGGAAGGCAGUCAUUGGCUAAAUGCUAAAGUAAUUAUUGAUGAGCUGAUUAAAAAAGAGCAUAAUGUGACUAUCCUAGUUGCCUCUGGUGCACUUUUCAUCAUGCCAACCUCAAACUCAUCUCUAACAUUUGAAGUGUAUAAGGUGGCCUUUGGCAAAGAAGUAAUAGAAAGAGUGAUCAAGGAUUUUAUUUUGACAUGGAUGGAAAAUAGACCAUCUCCUUCAACCAUUUGGAGAUUCUAUCAAGAGAUAGCCAAAGUGCUCAAGGACUUCCACAUGGUGUGUCAAGAAAUCUGUGAUGGUGUUCUCAAAAACCAAAAGCUGAUGGAAAAGCUAAGGAAAAGCAAAUUUGAGGUCUUGGUAUCAGAUCCAGUAAUUCCUUGUGGUGAUAUAAUAGCUUUAAAACUGGGAAUUCCAUUUGUGUACUCUUUGAGGUUUUCUCCAGCCUCAACAGUAGAAAAGCAUUGUGGGAAGGUACCAUACCCUCCUUCCUAUGUUCCUGCUAUUUUAUCAGAACUCACGGACCAGAUGUCUUUCAUUGACAGAAUAAGAAAUUUCAUCUCCUACCAUCUACAAGACUACAUGUUUGAUACUCUUUGGAAAUCAUGGGAUUCCUACUAUAGUAAAGCUUUGGAUGGCAGUCAUUGGUUAAAUAUUAAGAUCAUUCUAGAAGAGUUGAUUCAAAGAAAUCACAAUGUGACUGUACUGGCUUCAUCAGCAACUCUAUUCAUCAAAUCCAAUCCUGAUUCUCCUGUGCAUUUUGAGGUGAUACCUGUUUCCUACAAGAAGAGCAAUAUAGAUUCCUUAAUUGAACAUAUGAUAAUGCUGUGGAUAGACCAUAGACCGACUCCUCUCACACUCUGGACUUUCUACAAAGAACUAGGAAAACUGCUAGAUACUUUUUUUCGAAUUAAUAUACAAAUCUGUGAUGGAGUAUUAAACAACCCCAAGUUAAUGGCAAGACUUCAGAAAGGUGGUUAUGAUGUGUUGGUAGCAGAUCCAGUAACAAUCUGUGGGGACCUGGUUGCUCUGAAAUUAGGAAUUCCGUUUAUGUACACGUUGAGGUUCUCUCCAGCCUCUACAGUGGAGAGACACUGUGGGAAAAUCCCAGCUCCUGCCUCCUAUGUACCUGCAGCCUUGUCAGAGCUCACAGAUCAGAUGACCUUUGGUGAAAGGGUUAAAAAUACCAUAUCUUAUUCUCUGCAAGACUAUAUAUUUCAAUCCUACUGGGGAGAAUGGAAUUCGUACUACAGCGAAGUUCUAGGAAGACCCACUACGUUAUGUGAGACUAUGGGGAAAGCAGAAAUUUGGCUAAUACGGACAUAUUGGGAUUUUGAAUUUCCUCGUCCAUACUUACCUAAUUUUGAGUUUGUAGGAGGAUUGCAUUGUAAACCUGCCAAGCCAUUACCUAAGGAAAUGGAAGAAUUUGUCCAAAGUUCAGGUGAAGAUGGUGUUGUGGUGUUUUCUCUGGGGUCAAUGGUCAAAAAUCUCACAGAAGAAAAAGCCAAUCUCAUUGCCUCAGCCCUCGCCCAGAUUCCACAGAAGGUUUUAUGGAGAUACAAUGGAAAGAAACCAGCCACAUUAGGAGCCAAUACUCGGCUCUAUGAUUGGUUACCCCAGAAUGAUCUUCUUGGUCACCCCAAAGCAAAAGCUUUUAUCACUCAUGGUGGAACCAAUGGGAUCUAUGAAGCUAUUUAUCAUGGAGUCCCUCUGGUGGGAGUUCCCAUGUUUGCUGACCAGCCUGAUAACAUUGCUCACAUGAAGGCCAAAGGAACGGCUGUGGAGGUGAACAUAAACACAAUGACAAGCGCAGAUUUGCUCAACGCCUUGAGAACAGUCAUUAAUGAUCCUUCUUAUAAAGAGAAUGCUAUGAGGUUAUCAAGAAUUCACCACGAUCAACCUGUAAAGCCCCUGGACCGAGCAGUCUUCUGGAUCGAGUUUGUCAUGCGCCAUAAAGGAGCAAAACACCUGCGGCCAGCCGCCCAUGACCUCACCUGGUUCCAGUACCACUCUUUGGAUGUGAUUGGGUUCCUGCUGGCCUGUGCAGCAACUGCUAUAUUCUUGGUCACAAAAUGCUUUUUGUUUUCUUUUCAAAAAUUAGGUAAAACAGGAAAUAAGAAAAAGAGUGAAUAG